UGCAAGGCUAUAUCCUACUAAAAGGAUGCAGAAAUUAGAGAGGUGAACCUCACUAUUAAGUUUACUUCUAAAAAGAUUUGGUGAUUACAUUACAACUUGUGUGUCAGAAAAUAAGUAGAAGAACCAUCAGAAUAAAUUGAAAAUAUUGUAAAUGAAGGAUACAUCGCCAGUAUUCUAAGUAUCAUGCUUUCUGUUGUACAUGUGUGUGGAUAUUUUAGAGUAUAUUGACCUACAAUGAUGUGCAUGUGAACUUCACUGGAGAGGAGUGGGCUUUGCUGGAUCCUUCCCAGAGGAAUCUCUACAAAGAUGUAAUGCUGGAGACCUACAGGAACCUCACUGCUAUAGGCUACAAUUGGGAAAGUCAUAAUAUAGAAGAGCAUUGUCAAAGUCCUAAAAGACACACAAGGUAUGAAAACAAUCAUUGUGCAGACAAACUCCCUGAAGAUACUCAAGAUGAAGUCUUUGCACAUCACAAUAGUCCCCACACAUGUAAAAGUAUGCAUACUGGUGUGGAUCACUAUGAAUGUUGCCAAUAUGGUAAUGCCUUUGCACAUAAAAGUCAUCCUAAGACAUAAAAGUAUACAUAUAGGAGAGAAACCUCAUGAAUGUAACCGAUUUGUAAAGCCUAUGCAUCUAACAGUAGUCUCCUAAGACAUAAAGGAGGAACUCACACUGAAUGUAACCAAUGCGGUAAAGCCUUUGCACGUAACAGUAGUCUAAUACAUAAAAGAACACACACUGGAGAGAAACCUUAUGAAUGUAACCAAUGUGGUAAAGCCUUUGCAUUUAAAAAUAAGCUCCUGCGACAUAAAAGAACUCACACUGGAGAAAAACCUUAUGAAUGUAACCAAUGUGGUAAAGCCUUUGCACAGAACAUUAAUCUCAUUGUUCAUAAAAGAACUCACACUGGAGAGAAACCUUUUGAAUGUAACCAAUGUGGUAAAGCCUUUGCAGAUAACAAUGUUCUCCGAAGGCAUAAAAAUCUAUGUUGCAGAAAAUUCUUAUGAAUAUAGCUAAUGUCAUGAAGUCUUUUCAUGUAAGACUUAUCUUGAAGAAGAACACUUAUUGGAGUGAA